AUAAAGAGUUGUAGACUGUCACCUCCAUAAAGAAAUAAAGUGUGUCCUUGUCUGAGUCAUUAACUGAUAACAUGUUGCCGCCUCCACCUUUUAAAUGUUACCGCGUUGCUGCUCUUUUUUGUUGUUUUUACUGUGUCUAUGUGUUUCCAGUAGAAACCAGGACGCGGAGGGAAUCCAUUAACAAGAGGAAUACUUCAUUAAAAACAAACCUAACGACCAAUAGAAGAGCAGAGGACGGAGCUUCCCGCUCCUCUGUCCGCCAGGAGGGACAUAUACUGGAUAUAUAGAAGCAGAGACCGACCAGGAGAGCAGACAGCAGGUACAGCAGCUGCACCAGGCACCACCAGCUCCUCCAGGACAGACAGAGAUGCUGUUUGACUCAAGUGAUGGAGACUGGAGAUGAAACUUACAGCUGAAGAAUCAAAAGACUGGGACAGACUCAAGUAAUGGAGUCUGGAGAUGAAACUUACAGCUGAAGAAUCAAAAGACUGGGACGAUAUGAUGAGGAUGCCGAGGGAUUUUGUGGGAAAGAGAAGACUCUGCCCCUUCAAGGGACAAAAUGACGCCCAUCGUGUCUCAUACUGGCGGUUCAGGAGGUGGAUCACCCAGAGAGGGAGCAGUGAAGCUCCAGCUGCGAGUACACCGCUGGCCACUGGGCGGCAGGAUGAGCACAGCUUUGAGCUAGACACAGUCUGUCAGAGACUGGAUCUGGAUUCUCCACCCAGACAACAUGAAUCAGCACAGGGAGUCCUACAGGGAAACCCUCCAGAGGCAGCAUUGGCUGCAGGUGUGUCCCGCUGUGGCGUCCUCACGCCACCAAGCACAUCACACACCCUCGCUGCCAGAGGAUGGCCUCAGAACAAUGCCCCAGAACAGGGAUGGGUGUGGAGAGCUGCAGCUCAACAGGCUGGUUCUGAUGAGAGAAGACAUGCUUUGCAGCCAUUUGCUGUUCUGGACAAAACGUCCGUGAGUCAGCAGGGAGAGUCAGUGAUGAAGUUGGCAGCACCGUCACUGUUGAACGACUACUACGCCAAUCUACUCGAUUGCAGUUGUACCGGUGUGAUUGCAUUAGCACUGGGCUCCUCUGUCUACCUCUGGGAUUCACAAACUCGUGCUCUGGUGGGACAUUUGGACCCGAGUCCACAACCAGGACGAGCGUACCAUCAGACGUCCGUCUCGUGUCUGAGCUGGAGCAGAGACGGCAGAGCUCUCUGCGUUGGCACCAGGCGAGGGGAAAUACAGUUGUGGGAUGUCGAACACAAGCAGAAGAUAAGGUGUGUGACGUCACACUUGUCUGCAGUCAGAGCACUUUCCUGGAAACAGCAGUUACUCAGCAGCGGCUCUGUUCUGGGACGUAUCCACCACCUUGACCCCCGGGCUCCCACGCCUCUGGUGGGCGCAGCUGUCCAGGGGGAGGGGCUCUGCAGCCUCCAGUGGUCGCCAGGAGACGACCAGCUGGCCAGCGGCUCCACAGAGGGCCUUCUCCAUAUAUGGGAUAGUGACAUCGCAGGGGUCACAUGGUCACAUCAGCCAAUCACUACGAUGAAACAGCCCAGCGCUGUUAAGGCAAUGGGAUGGUGUCCGUGGCAGAGAAAGACGAUCGCCACAGGAGGCGGAUGGAAAGACGGAGAGCUGAGAGUCUGGGACACAGAGUCGGGGACUUGUGUGACUUCUGCCAACACAAACUCUCAGAUCUGUUCUCUACGAUGGGCUGAAAAGAAGAAAUAUCUGGUCACAGGUCACGGCCUUCCUCAUCACCAAGUCACCUGCUGGUCCUGGGACUUUCCCUCCCUCAGCCCCCUCUACCAGCUCACAGGUCACUCUCAUCGAGUCCUGCAUUUGGCCAUAAACUCUGACAGCACUCAGAUUUUCUCUGCAGGAGCAGACCAGCAGUUUCACAUCUGGUACAUGUAAUUAACAACGUCACUGAACAUGGAUGGUGAAUGUUGUUAUCUUGUGUGAAACUUGUGUCCGCAUGCAAGUAGAUAACUUUCUUGGUAAUGCCAUCGUGUUGAGAAUGCACAUUUCCUGUCCUCUGCUCUGAACUAACCACAAUAAGAAGCUAGAAAACCACAGUCAAACUAGGCUAAGAGAGUAAAGGGCAAAAUAACACAUUAAGAAGUUACUCAAAUUCUAUACAAUAUAUUCAUUUUUUCUUUUCUUUUUUGUUUACUACAUUUAAGUUUCACUUUUUGGUGAUUGAAAUAUGCAUAACUUGGCAUUCAUGUGAACAGAAAAUACCUCCAAUGGACUGAGGGGUUCAGUCAACAUUAAAAGACUGUCUGCAGGGAGGUUGUGUGUGAAAAGUAGUAAUGAUGAUAAUGACUUAAUUUUUAUAGCACAUUUCAAGCAAGAAGCAAAGCAUGAGUGUUUUCCGGUGCAGGAAGACAGAACAAAAAGACAGUCACACCUAUAAAAUAAACAGCACAAGAAGACCGUUACAUAUAAAACCAUCCAAAAAUUAUGUCAAAAAAUACAUCUAAUUUGUCAGACAAGAAGGUGUCUAUAAUAUGUGUUUUAGGACAUGAUUUAAAAGCUGAGACAGUGACCGAAUACUAACUGGAGGACUGUUCUAAAGCCAAGGUGCCUGUACAGCAUUAGCUCAAUCAUCUCUUGAAUUCAAGCAGCACUUUGAACAAUAAGAAGAUACAAAUCCACCGAUGCACUCUGGCCCUGUAAAACCUGGUAUAUAUAAUGAUGUAUUUUGUAACCAGACUUUGUUUUAAGAUUUAAUGCAAUUUUUCAUUAUUGUUGAAGCAUCAUUUUGCAAGAAGCUCACUUUGAAAUCAAAAACUGUGCACGUGGGAUGAAUUACCAUUUAUUUAUUUAUUUAUUCAAAAAUGAUGUUAAUGUUUUGUUUCAUGUGUGUUAUCCUUUCUGUCUUGCCUACACCUUAAGGGUAACCUCUAAACCCAAUAAA